GCAUAUAUUUUCGGAGUGACAUUACGGCGUACUCCCCGGUUCCGCAAAAAUGGACGCGGAUCCUGGUGCUGAUACUGCUACAACGCCACCGGACUCGGACCCAACGCGUAAGCGAAGGGUACACGGAAUGCUGAAGCUCUACUACGGCCUGAACGACGAGGGAAAGCGGGUCGAACUAGCCGAGUCGCUAGAUCCAUGCGAUAUAAAUGGACCGCAUUUUGACCCAGAAGUUUAUCUUAACAAGCUGAGGAGGGAGUGUUCCCUGGGUGAGCUAAUGGACCAGGAGAGCUGUAUGGUGAAACAGAUCCGCGCUCUGGACAGUGACAUGCAGACGCUCGUUUAUGAGAAUUACAACAAGUUCAUCUCGGCUACAGACACAAUCAGAAAAAUGAAGAACGACUUUAAGAAGAUGGAGGAUGAGAUGGAUUGUCUGGCCACUAAUAUGGCAGCUAUUACUGAAUUUAGUGCACGAAUCAGCGGAACACUACAGGACCAACAUGCUCAGAUUACAAAACUCUCAGGAGUUCACACUCUCCUCCGAAAGCUUCAGUUCCUCUUCGAGCUGCCGGCCAGACUGAACAAAUGCUUAGAGCUGCAGGCCUAUGCCCAAGCGGUGAACGCCCACCGACGGGCACGCUGUGUUCUGCAGCAGUACAGUCACAUGCCCUCGUUCAGAGGAAUCCAGGAUGACUGCCACGCUAUCAUGGACCAGCUCGCUCAGCAACUGCGGCAGAAGUUCAGGGAUGGCGGUUCGAGCGCGAAAGAUCUUUCGGAGUGUGUGGAACUGCUGCUUCAGCUUGACGAGCCUGCUGAGGAACUUUGCGACAAGUUCCUGAGCCACGCCCAAUCCCGACUGGAGACCGACCUGCAAGGGCUGGAGGCGGAGCUCUCCCCCAGCCCCAGGACAGAUAUUCUAGAAUUCAUCGACAGAGGGUGCAAUGAAUUUGUUAGUAACCUCUGCUUGGUCAUCGCCUCCUAUCAAGAAUUGUUUAUGGCCAGUGGCAAAUUACACGUAUUUGUUGACGCACUAGCUGCUAGGUACUUCUCUCUCGUGGAACGUAGGAUCCAAGAGGAAAAAGGAGUAGGGGAUAAUUCCUUGCUGGUGCGAGCUCUUGACCGUUUCCAUCGCAGGCUGCAGGCUGUGGCAAAACUGUUGCCUGGGUCCGCGGUGCCUAGCCAGGGGACUGAGAUCGUUGUGCGUGCGGCGAGGGAGCGCAUCAAACAGUACCUGGCCGCCCUGCAGAGCUUCUACCUGGACAGCCUGACGGACAUCAGACAGGCUUUGGCCGCCCCACGGCUCACGGUGACCAGUACGAAUGUGGCAGGAGGAGGGGCUCUCGCACGGGAAGGUGCCACAGGUAAAGAUGCCCCGCCCAGUCUACCGGACCUGCUCUCCAAUUUGUCUGGCUCCAUUCUCAAUCAGAUUAAAUCGGUACUGGCCUCGGUGCAUCUCUUCACCGCAAAGGAUAUCACAUUCUCCAAUAAGCCUUAUUUCAAGGGGGAGUUCUGUAGUCAGGGUGUACGUGAGAACUUGGUGGUAAGCUUCAUUAAGUUCAUAUGCCAGUCAUCUCGUCAGUUUUGCGAGAGUGCAGGGGACAGAGGUGGAUCCACUCCCCCCGCGCUCCUCCUGCUCCUGUCUCGUCUCUGUUUGGACUACGAGACCUCAACCAUCUCCUAUAUCCUCACCCUCACAGACGAGCAGUUCCUUGUGCAGCAUCAUACUCCAGUAACUCCAGUUACAGCACUAUGCACAGAAGCCAAAGAAGCAGCUCAGAAACUACUGAAUCACUACGUGAAGGUCCAGGGAUUGAUCAUCUCUCAGAUGCUGAGGAAAAGUGUGGAAACAAGAGACUGGGUCAAUACAAUCGAGCCUCGGAACGUCCGGGCUGUGAUGAAGAGAGUGGUGGAGGACACGACCUCCAUCGAUGUGCAGGUGGGACUUCUGUAUGAGGAGGGUGUAAGGAAAGCCCACAGCAGUGAUUCAAGUAAACGAACCUUCUCAGUUUAUAGCAGCUCAAGACAGCAGGUUCGCUAUGCCCCCAGCUACACACCAAGUGCUCCCAUGGAUACCAACCUUCUGAGUAAUAUCCACAAGCUUUUCUCUGAGAGAAUUGACAUCUUCAGCCCCGUCGAGUUUAACAAGGUCUCUGUCCUGACCGGGAUCAUCAAGAUCAGCCUGAAAACAUUCCUGGAGUGUGUUCGUCUGCGUACGUUCGGCCGUUACGGCCUGCAGCAGAUUCAGGUGGACUGUCACUACCUGCAGAUGUACCUGUGGCGCUUUGUCUCCGAUGAGAACUUGGUCCAUUUCCUGCUGGACGAGAUCGUGGGCAGCGCGGCCCAUCGCUGUCUGGAUCCUUCGCCCAUGGAGCAAAGCGUCAUUGAAGUUAUCUGUGAGAGAGGAUGAAGCCGGUUCAGGGAGAUUCACGAACCACUUGUCACUUCCGCAGUGAAGACAAGCGUAACUGUGCAAGUGAAAAAGCUGAAGGAAUGUUCUUCAUGCACUUGUUAUAAACUCUACAAAUGGAAUACUGUUAUGAAAAUAUUAAAAUGGUUUAGGGAAGUUGGCUUUAGUGGAUUUUAGGUUUAACACUCCUGUUGUCUAACACUCUGAAUCACAAUAAGUGCUUUUUGCAGUCAUUGUCUGGUCCUAAUCUCAUAGUGUCUUUUGUGUGUGGAUUACCACAGGAGAUGUUAAAGCAGUCUCUGUAAGACCGUAGCACUUUACACUUGAAAAAUGUCUCAAAAAGUGACUCUCACGCAUGAAGAGCCUUAAAGAUUGUCAACCUGUUCACAUGUAACGAACAGAUUCUACUCUGUUUGGGCAUCCUGCAUUAUUGAUUAAGGAGAACAAUGUGAAAUUCAUAUUGUAAUUAACCUGU